AUGGAAGAACCCGAAAAGGAUCAAACCCUUCUCGAUUUGUAUGCUCUGAGCUACGAAGUGUCGGCAAAGGCAACGAAGAAGAUGCUCGAUCAAGCCCUACAAACACGGCCACAUCGAGUCGAGGACACCCUUCAUCUCAAUUACUCGAGAAGAAUCAUCAAGGAAUUGGCACCACCAUUAACAAUGAUUGGAACAAAGGUUGUUGAAACGAUUAACGAGAUCAAGGCUCAAAAAAAGAGAGCUGAUGAAAAUCGGGGAAAGGAGAGCGAAAUGUUGAAAGUGUUGAAAGUAAAGGUUCGAUUCUAUCGCUUCAAGAUGACUUAUGAGAAUACGAUGGUUUGCAGGAAUUGUACAACUUAUGUGGAGUACACUGGGGUCGAGAGGGACAAGUUGAUUGAAGCGGAUCCGAGUCUAGCCAAAGAAAACCCGGUGGUGUUGCUGAGGGGUGGGCACGCUGGAAAGGUGGACGGUAAAUGGACAUGCAAAGUAUGUGGACCGGAUUUUCCUCAAGCGAUGGGUAAUCGUUCUUAUGCCAAAGUCUACGAGGAUCGAGAAGAGAUCGAUGAAUGUGUUCAGAAGCGAUUGGAAGAAGCAAAAAAUGACCGUGAACGUUGUCAAAUUCUGAUUCAACAAAAAUCUUUGUUAAAAGAUGAGUUGGAGCAAGAGAUGCGAUCGAUUCAAAAGGCGGCCGCUCAAUUUGGUGUUUUCCUGAAAGAAAACUCGAUCACCGCCUACAAUGAUAUCACCGAACAGUAUCUGUUGAUUCUCAUGGAUCUAGAGGAGAAACAGGGUGCUCAACGAGGUGCACGGUAUAAGAGUCUCACCAAAAUGCUCGAGAUUCACAAAAAAGAGGUGGCCAUCCUCGAAAAGCACAUGAACAAUAAUGUGGGGAAUUUGAAGAAGAUCUCAUCGGAUGAUGUGAUCAAAACGGCGGAAGCGUUGAAAAAAUUGAAGCACUAUGGAAAAGAUAUUCAUCAAGCGUUGGAAGGAGUGAAACAAUGGGUGGCCAAGGGUGGAGACGUCGAACCGCCAAGCGUCUACAAUCCAAGACGUCAAAAAAAUCGUUUCGUCAACUUUCUUCCCAACUUCGUUACGAAACGUCUU